AUGCACCCAACGUCCAGCACUAGCGGCAAAUCUGAUCUGAACUUGGCGCAAUCUUUCGGACGGUUGCCUGGCUGUAUGCUCAGUGAUAGUGAAGUAGUAGCCGAACAGGAGGCUGUUUUCUCGUUGAUGGAAUUGCUUGAGAAGGAUCCUAAAGGGCACUCCUAUUGUUUUUCAUUAUUGUUUACAGUAAAACCAUUCAUCCAGCCGAUGGACCAUUGCGUUCAUUACUCGAAAAACAUCCACCGGAUUACCUUAUACAUUGUCUUCUGAAGUACUUUGAGACAGGUUCGCAUAUUUGCAAUUAACUGUCCCUUUUGUUAGAUGCGCUCGCCGCGGUAAAGAUCAUCGGAACACUUUUGUCCAGGAUAUCGUGCCCAGAUUGCGUCCACGAUUCCAGCAUUUCCGAACUUUUGCUCUUCCUUCAGUGUCACUCUUCUGACUUAUCCAAAGUACCACAUGUCCACCUUUUUCAUAAAUAGGAUACUUCUCUUUUCUCUACCUUUGAUCUUCUAGCAAAAGUCCUCCAAGUCAGCCGUCCGCUCACACGAGACUUCACUCCGCCAAAAUCGCUCUUGCAUUAUGGACAAAUAGCCCUGAAUUGUUUACAGACUAGAAGUGAGUUUUCCCCAAUCAGCCCUUUAAUCUACCUACUUGACGUCAAAGGAGAUUUAUUUUCGUCAAGGUUUGCUGGCCUUUUUAUAAACAGGGUCACUCUUUUGGAGCCUAGGCAUUGCCCAGUACCGUUUUUUCAACUUUGUAAUGCACAACUCCGAAUUCAAUUGAGGCAUUGCUUAUCCCAGCCGAAUGUGAAACUAUCCUAUGUGUCAGAAAUGCAUUUUCUCUCCCUCUUCCACACUCAGGUCUACCGUCGGCUUUGGAGAAGUUAGCUCCAAUUCUGGAAUUUGUUGUUGCAUUGUCAAACUUCUCUGGUCAGUCGCUUAGAUGGACUCGAACUCUUUCGUGUAAUUGCUCCCCAGGGGAAACGGGGACUUCAAAACCAGACCGUAACAACAGCCCUUCGGACUCUCAGCUGCCUUUACGACUUCUGAUGGUUACUGCAACGAUAGAGCUUCGUUUGCGCCUGUCUACAGCCAUGAACACAACCGAGGUAGACUGUUAG